UUUUUUUUUUUAAAAAACAGUAACAAUGUCAAAUCAACAAACCCCCCAAAGCCAAGGGGUCAGGCGCUUACCUCCCGCCGUUAAAACUGGCACUACUAGACGUACACCAAGUAACGGUUUUACACCACCUAGUAAACCAUCAAUAGUGGAUACCAUGGCAGAAGAACUGGCUGAUCUCCGCGAAAGAUUGGAUCUGCUUGAGAACCCUCCUGUUGCCGAUAGAAAUGGCCCAAUUACAACUGGCACUGAUACUGAGAUGUCUGCUGCUAUUCGUCAACAUUAUAGGGACUAUAUCACUGAAAAUGGGAUUUGUGGAUGGGACUUUUCGAUGUCACUUAUGAAUGGGGUUAAUCACCUUAUUCUAAAGUACAUUUUGAGACAGUUCGAACGACAGGAAAUUGCUCAGUUAAAUUCCCUUCACCGUCUCCAUAAGAUGUCCAUUACCAAGGAAAAAUGCAUCAAGCUGCGUGUCAGACGUAAUUUCGAAGGUCAAAAGCGUGCUUGGACACAGGCCAAUACUCUGAAUGAUGAAGAGAGACGAAUAAUUAGUAGAGACAGAAACCAGAGGUCUAGGUUAACUGCUAAAAUCACAAGGAGAAGAAAAAACUUCCGGUUGUUCGAGGCAGACAUUGUAGAAUUGUUUCAUCCAAAGGAAAGUUGCAAAGCAUUUCUUAAAAAGGAGUACAUGUCCGAAGACGAAGAUGAUCAGCUGAAUCGCCAUGGGCAAACCAUCUCAUACACCACUCUUCGACCCAGUUGGAGAUCCACCCAGUUGAAUAAAAUGUUCGAAGAGCUGGAUUCUCCCGCUGGGCGGAGAACUGCUGGACGGCCUUUGCCUCGCAACAUCCGAGAGGUCGUAUCGUCCUUACCAACUGAAACAUUGGCUCGUUUGCCAAGUUGGGGUGUACGACAUAUGAUUGAAUGAAUAAAAAGCUUUCUUCUCUUCGAAAUGUCUAUAGUUGUUUUGCAUGGAGAACAAAAUUAAAAAUAAACCAAAAGUGAUAAUGUUAGAACUUGG